AUGAUUGGGAUAUGGGGUCCAGCUGGGAUUGGUAAGAGCACCAUAGCUAGAUUUCUGUUUAACCAAGUCUCCAAUAGUUUCCAAUUGAGUGCAAUCAUGGUGAAUAUCAAAGGAAGUUAUCCAAGACUUUGUCUCGAUGAGGGCAGUGCACAACUGCAAUUACAGGGCCAAAUGUUGUCUCAGAUGAUCAAUCACAAAGAUAUCAUGAUCACUCAUUUAGGAGCUGCACAAGAAAGGUUGAAAGACAAGAACGUGCUUCUCGUUCUUGAUGAUGUGGAUCGGUUAGCACAAGUAGAAAAGUUCAGUGGUUUGGUUCUAGAAGUCGGAUUAUCAUCACAACAGAAGAUUUAA